AUGUACGUGAUAUUAUUAAUAGUCCUUGUGAGAAUGAAGAGAGGCGCUUGCACCAGACUCAGCUCACAUGAUCUCAGACGCGCCCUGCCGCCGGCGAUUCGAGGUACACGUAUCUUAACAGUACACUGUGUUCUCAACAUGACUGCCAUCAUGACAAUUGAUCCAGCCGUGGCCUCAUCACAUGCGAUUGCGAAGGCGCACGCGACACAGUACAGCGACACGUCGUGCUGCUUCCACGUCGUCGCACCACACAUCUUCAUUCCAUUUGCUUGCGCCUGCCUGCGUACAAUUGCUCUCCGCCAGCCUCCUAACGCCCACAUCUCCCCUCACCUCCUUGAAACGGCGAUUCAAGCGACCGCGCGACCACGACCGAUUGCACGACUGAAACAGAUCGUCCAACGAGAGACGAUGAUGCAGAGAAGCCCCAUGCCGCCGUCCUUCGCGCCCCACCAUAUAUCGCGAGGUGAAGACUCGGACGACAGCGAAUAUGGAGACGCUGCAGGGUCUUCGGAAGACGCAGACGGUAGUGACGAUUCCCCUCAGCACCAUGCUCACGAAUCGUCAAGCUUGAUGCGGAGAGCUUCGAAGGACCUGAAAGGCUCUGAGGAAGCCGCCGCAGAGCCUGAGACGACAGCAGAAGAGUCCGAGCCAGAGGGCAUGCUCCCGAGAGACAAGCAGCGCCGAACACCUCAUUACAGCUACAAGCUGGAAAAGCAAAUGUCGCAUGUGGAAGCCAAGCAAUUCUUUCGGCAGGCACGACAAAACACGCUCGAUGAACAGGGUCUGUCGCAAAGUCCGAUCAUGGGCACCAGUCCCGUCCUGCGCGCGAGCACCUGGUCAGCACAGUUUGCUGCUGAUCCGAACUCUUUCUCACGCACGGGCAGCAUCAAAAGCAAGCACGGCGCAGCUGGACACAAAGAGCCUGGCUACAAGUCCGCCCUCCCUGUUGGUUUGAGCGAUCCCCGCAAGCAUCCAGAUGCCUCUACGGUACAGUCACCGAGUAUAGGCCGAUUCGAGGGCCUCAACGGUGUGCACUCUCAUGCCGUACAUGCUGAGGAAGACCCAUUGCUGGCAGCUGAUCGAGAGGCAAGGGCUCACAGCCACCAUCCUGCUCUGCCGCACGAGUCUAAGCCGUUGUUAGAGCAAGAGGGCAUUCAUGGUGCUGGUGCAGGAAUUGGCCAGGACGCCCAAAACGAGUCGAGCGUCACCACCGAGCUCAAUGCUAUUUAUGCAAAUAUUCAGAAGGUGCUAGACUUGAGGCAUAAAUACAUUCGCCUUUCGCUGCAAGGGCCUCAUGAUAAUCCGCGUGACGAACCUGGGUGGCACAUAUAUCCACCCCCGCCAGAGCCAGUAUGGCAUGACAACAAGGAGCGAAGAGACCACAGCACUGAACAAGAUGGCGAGGCUGAUCCUAAGACGCCAACCACUGCCACCAGCAAGAAACCACAACGCAAAAUGGGCCAAGACAUCGGGGAGGAUUUCGACUUUGAAGAGUGUCUUCCGCUGCCCGAAGCAUCCGAAAUGACCUUCAAGCUCGACUCCAAAGGCGUGUAUCAGGUGUACGAGACCUCGCCAUCCGCAGAGCUUGGCGAACCGAUUGUGCAUAUCCCAGACAUUAGAGAGUACUUCAUGGAUCUUGACGAGAUCCUGCGAAUCAGCUCAGAUGGCCCAAGCAAGUCCUUUGCGUAUCGCCGCCUCCAAUACCUCGAGGGCAAAUUUAAUUUGUAUGUCCUGUUGAACGAGUAUCAGGAGGUCGCGGAUACCAAAGCAGUGCCUCAUCGUGACUUUUACAAUGUUCGUAAAGUCGACACCCACGUCCAUCACUCUGCCUGCAUGAAUCAAAAGCACUUACUUCGAUUCAUCAAAAGCAAAAUGAAGAAGUGUCCGGACGAAGUUGUGAUUCAUCGAGACGGCAAAUACUUGACUCUUCGAGAAGUUUUUGAGAGUUUGAAUCUCACCGCUUACGACCUCAGCAUCGACACCCUCGACAUGCACGCGCAUACAGACUCCUUCCAUCGCUUUGACAAAUUCAAUCUCAAGUACAAUCCUGUGGGCGAGAGUAGGCUGCGAACAAUCUUCUUGAAGACCGACAACCAUAUCCAAGGACGAUACUUGGCAGACAUAACCAAAGAAGUCAUCUCGGAUCUCGAGAGCAGCAAGUAUCAGAUGGUAGAGUGGCGCAUCAGCAUCUAUGGUCGCAGUAUGGACGAAUGGGACAAGCUUGCAGCGUGGGUGGUCGACAACAAACUCUACUCACCCAAUGUCAGGUGGCUGAUUCAAGUGCCGCGUCUAUAUGAUGUCUACAAAGCUUCGAAGACCAUGGAGAGGUUCGAGGAAGUGCUCAAGAAUCUUUUCCAGCCGCUCUUCGAAGCGACUCAAGAUCCAAGCAGUCAUCCGAAACUGCAUGUCUUCCUGCAUCGCGUCAUUGGCUUUGACUCUGUCGACGAUGAAAGCAAGACUGAGCGCCGCAUCUAUCGCAAAUUUCCUCUUCCAAAAGACUGGGACACGAAGCAGAAUCCUCCUUACACGUACUGGAUCUAUUACCUGUUCGCCAACAUUGCUUCGCUCAAUGUCUGGCGGAAACAACGCGGCUUCAAUACAUUCGUCUUGCGACCCCACUGUGGUGAAGCGGGCGACACGGAUCAUCUGGCUGCAGCGGUGUUAUGCUGCCACAGCAUUAGCCAUGGCCUACUAUUGCGCAAGGUUCCUCUCCUCCAAUACAUAUUCUAUCUUGAACAGAUAGGUGUUGCCAUGAGUCCACUGAGCAAUAAUGCCCUAUUCUUGGCCUACGAACGCAACCCAUUCUUGCAAUACUUCCGCCGAGGUCUGAACGUGAGCUUGUCGACAGACGACCCGCUUCAAUUCGCAUUCACAAAGGAGCCUUUAAUCGAAGAAUACGCUGUCGCAGCACAAAUCUACAAACUCUCGGCGGUGGAUAUGUGCGAGCUUGCCAAGCACUCAGUCACGCAGUCAGGCUUCGAGCAUACCAUGAAGCAAAGAUGGCUCGGCAACAAUUACUAUCUCCCUGGCGUUGCUGGAAACGACAUGGCCAAGGUCAACGUGCCAAACAUCCGAGAGGCGUUUCGACACGAGACUUGGCUUCAAGAGCUCGCAAUGAUCGACCGUUACACCAAUGCUCCACCUGGCGGUCGACUGAGCACAACGGCAUUGGCGCCCGGACGACAUUCUACUAACACUUCGGCCGUCCCUCCAAGCCCAACCGCAAGCGUCAAGACCCAUCCUUCCGCCACCAACCCAAUGCACGCUGUUGACUCGUCAAAUUUCAAGCCUGGCAGUUCUCAAUACACCACUCCAAAUAGCGUGGCUACACCACACGCAUAUCAGCCCAAUGCCCAAGCCGCUCGCCUACAACAAUCAUGGUCCAACCUCGAUCUCUAUCCAUCACGAGACUCACCACAGCCACAUCAAUCGCAAGGCGCUCAGUUCCCCUUCUUCCCAGCAGGUGCCGAGUUGCCUCCACCUAUGCCAUCUGGCAACCAAUCCGCUUUUGGAAGUACUUUCAUCCAUGGCUCCGAGCCAAGAAUGUUCCCGGGCGUGGUCAGCAGACGUAGGAGGUCUUCUGUCGCACGAUCGAUGAAUCAUGGUGAUAAUGAGGAAGUCGGUGGUUUGGAACGCAGUACGAGUUCCUUGAGCCAGAGCGUGACGAAAAGCCAAGGAGAAGACGGAUUGAUGAUGAGAAGAAACACAAUUGAAGAAGCUUCGGCUGAAACUUCGCCAGAACAAAAUCCAGCAACCUAUUGAAAAAAGUGCUAAUUCCUUAUUCACUCAUUCAAUCAUUCAUUCAUUCAUUCAUAAACUUCCCCAACGCCUCACUCAAAACAUCCAUCCCAAACCUCUCCGCCAAAACCCUUAUCGUCCCCCUCCUCCCAUUCCCGGGCCCCUCAUCCUUCACAACCUCCCACUUCCCUUCCGGCCCCAAAACAAACGCAACCUUCUCCCCCGUCCUCCAAGCCUUCCACGGGUGCUGACCACCAUCACAAACAAAUUUCAAAACCCUCCCGGCAAACUCCUCCGCCUGCCUCCGUUGCGGAAAAUCCAAAACCUCAGAAAAAUUCUGCAACAACCAAGUCAAAUCUUGAACGUGGAUUGCUUGGCCCGAGAAUUUCCCCGGCCAGGGAUUCGGUUCGUUGAAUCUGUAGAUGUAAGUGGGCAUGACUUGGGAGAGGUUUGCGGCGAGGGACAUUGUGGGGGCGUAGAAUUGGAUGUCGUUGCAGAGGAGUAAGACGCGGUGGAAAGCUUGUUCGUCAUUAUUCAUGUCUGAAGAUGAAGAUGAUGAUGAUGAUGGGGAGAGAUUGUAAGCUUCAAGGACUGCGGAGGCGGAUUCAGCGCUUCCGAGGGAUUUGGUGAAGGAGGUGUAGAUGUUUUGGGCGAUGUCUUUUUUUCGGUGGGCGAGGCGCAGGAAUUGGAUGUUGCCGUCGAAUUGGCAGUCGCCGAUGAGGGCGGCUUGACACCAUUUUCUGCCUGGGAUGUCGAGGUAUGCGGUUCCGAUGUUUUCGAAGGUGGGGGAUGUGAGGCGACAGUCGAUGAUGUCGGAGUCGUGGACUGGGAUGGUGGGAAUGCCGGAUGUGAGCAUCUUGGAGCAUAAGUCGAUGCCGUCCAUGGUUAGGAGGGUGUGGAUUCGUUGUUCUGGGGUUGAGGUUUCGAGGCCG